CGGCGCCGUAUCAAAAGGAAAACUCUACCGCCUGGCGAUACGCAAUAGAGGGAUUUUUUGAUUGCAGAGUGCGACAUAUGCAAGUAAGAGUACGUACUAGACUUGAAGAGGAGCCUUAUCUUUUCUUGGUAGUGAUGCAGUGUGUAAGUAGUCUGAGCCUCUGCAGCUGCAGCUUAGCCGGUAGUAGCUUCUAGCGCAGUAGCGUAGUCGUCCGGUCGUUGGUUCGGCACGCUAGACGCGCCUUCUGUAGGGUCUCGCAGUAUUGGAAACCUCUUCUCGACGCACAGCACGAGAGAAAGCCACUCUAGCUCUGCCCGUUUUUUUGUAUGCAGCGCAACCAGAAAGAGGACCGAAGAACAGCAGGGUUGUACAUCUUGGUACGCAAAUUUGUGAU